UUUUUAUUACAGUAUUGCAAUGGCGGUGAUUUGGCAGAUUAUUUAAAUGCUAAGGGUACCUUAAGUGAAGACACGGUUCGUCUAUUUUUAAUUCAAUUAGCUGGUGCCAUGAAAGCUCUUUACACUAAAGGAAUUGUGCAUCGUGAUCUCAAACCUCAAAAUAUUUUAUUAUCGCACAACUGCGGCAAAAUAUUGCCAAGCCCAUCAAAAAUUACCCUUAAGAUUGCUGAUUUUGGGUUCGCUCGUUUCUUGAAUGAAGGUGUCAUGGCGGCCACACUCUGCGGUUCGCCAAUGUAUAUGGCACCAGAAGUUAUUAUGUCUCUGCAGUAUGAUGCUAAAGCUGAUCUCUGGUCUUUAGGUACAAUUGUCUAUCAAUGUUUAACAGGCAAAGCCCCAUUCUAUGCACAAACACCGAAUGAAUUAAAAUUCUAUUAUGAGCAAAAUGCCAAUUUGGCACCAAAAAUACCUAGUGCAGUCUCACCAGAGCUCAGAGAACUGCUUUUGUGUUUAUUACGUCGCAAUGCCAAGGACAGAAUAUCAUUUGAAAGCUUUUUCACUCACAGAUUCUUACAGGGCAAGAAGGUAGCAACCUCACCAGUUGAUGUACCAGCUCCUUUGGCUAUGAUGAGUACAACUCCUCCUGCAAAAGUAAAAAGUCCCUUGCAACAACAAUUGGAACAACAACAGCAAGAGUUUUUACAACAACAACAGCAGCAGCAAAAGGAUGAACAAUACGAAGAAAAUGCUGUUUCCGUGGUUGAAAAUCCUGCAAUUUGUGCUACUAUAACAAAUGUUGGUGUGCUUUGUGAUAGUGAAAAUAAUAGUGUUUCUUCAAGCUCGCCAGAAGAUUCUGAUGACUUUGUGCUUGUCCCGAAAAAUCUUCCAGAAGAUCAUCAUGUUAUUGAUUAUGAUAAAAAGCAUUCUGCUAAUCGUCAAAUAACGCAAAAUCAAUCCAGUCCUCCACGCCCAAGUAGUCUACCUAUAUCAGAACCUAAACCUGUACCAACACCAGUUCGACGUCUUUCAACAAAUGCAAAUGUUGGAAAUACAGAUAAACUUAUACGUGCUAAAAACGGUUCAACUGAUUUGGCUGCAUCACCAAAAUUGCCGGUAGCUCCUGCUCAAAUACCGCGUUCCCAACCAAUUAGUGUUAAACAAAGACCAGAUCAUCGUAAGAGUAGUAUUAGUAGUGAUAUUAAUUCAAUUUCACCGCCAGCGGUGCAAUUUGCUAUUGGCACACCGCCUGGCCGGUUACGUUCAACUUCAGGUGGUUCUUUGUCAGAGACUCCACCACCAAGUGCUCCAUGUACUUGGCAGGUGAGCCCAGGUGGACAAACACAGUCACCACUUCGACGUUCUGGCCAUAGUUCACCUGUGCUGCCGUCCGCGCUAACAAAAUUGCCCACGUUAGGUAGUCCAACGCUAAUUGUUGGACCCGGUUCAGUUGGUUCAGCAGGUUCUGGAUCAGGUUCAGAAAACAACAAUCAUCAUAUGCUUGGGCCACGUGCUUUCACAUUACCUGAGUUAGGUGCUACAGGAGGACUACAAAGCUUAUUAGACACUGGAGUAACUACUGGCACGGUUGCUGAGAGUCAUCAUCUACACACAUUCCACGCACCUGAGUUGUCAGAAGAAACUCUUAUGGAUCGUGAGCACAAUGAAACGUUAUCCAAAUUGAAUUUCGUGCUGGCUUUAACGGACUGUAUACAAGAAGUGGCUGAUUCUCGGUGUGCACCAUUGUCGUCGGCUCUUAUGGCUGCAGGCGCUGAACAACAACAGAUACCUCCUCAUGCCCCUGAGCAUUGCAAACGAGCAGAAAGAUUAGUGUUACUUGUACGUGCUUUGCAGUUGCUUUCAUCUGGAUUAAAUUUAGCUUCGCAACAACUAAGGAGUGGCAGCUUAAAGCCUUCAUCGAAUGUUAAAAAUGCACUCCUUACAAUGAAUUCGAAGUACCGUACUAUUUUGUUUGAAUCCAAAAAAUUAAAUGGCACUGGCUUAUUACAGAAAGCGAAUGCAUUUAAUAUAACAGCAGAUAAAAUUCUAUAUGAUUAUGCAUUGGAUAUGUGUCAAGCGGCUGCCUUGGAUGAGCUCUUGAGCAAUACUAAGAACUGCUUCGAGCGCUACAAUACGGCACACAUUUUACUACAUUCUCUUGUACAAAAAUGUAAUCAUCCACAGGAUAAAAUGCUUUUGAAUAAAUAUCGGGAUGCGGUGGAGAAACGAUUAAAUGUUUUGCAGCAACAAGGUUACAUUUAUGUGACUGAUGAAAACGCUUAAAAUUAUGUUUCCACUAAACUAAAUUGAAGCUAAAAAAUAUAAAUUAAUUGUAACUCUAUUCGAAAUGAAAAUGGACUUCAACACUUGCAUGCGAAUGGAUGCAUAUGGAUACAAUAUUUAUAAGUUCUAUUAAUAUUAUAUUUUAUCUUAAAUUGUUUACAAUUU